AUGUUUAAGGCAUUUGACGCAGAGUCAGAAACAUUCAACUUGCAAAAAGAUCAACCCUCGAUUACUAUAAAAGGAGUCGAUGUGGAGGAAAUUUUUGGUCUCAAGGACAAAGCAGCAGAUGGGCUGGAUAUUGACACCAUCCUUUAUGAGGAUGGGGAAUAUGCAGAAAAUGAUAUACCAUCUCGUUUUCUGAACAAGUCCACCGGCAGUCUGAGUAUUGAUGGAUUGAUCUCGGACGCAAUCAAGAGCGGAUUAGCCGACGAUGACUUCCUUCGAAGAGCUGUUCUUGUGGCCCUUGGUACAGUUCUUGCACCACAGUCCAGCAAAACAGUUCCGUUGGAGUAUUGGACAAUUGUUAAGUACGUGUCACGUUUGAAGAAAAUGAACUUCAAUGGUUUCACACGUUCUUAUUUAAUUAACAAUAUAAAGAAACUGCAAAGUGAACAUGAGAUGGUGCAAUGGCCCCGCGGCAACCUAGCCCUGCUUCAGUAUAUUUACUAUGAAAAAGUGCACCCAACUGGUUCACAAUUGACGUCAUCAAAGCCGUUGAUGAGGAACUGGACAGAAGAAGAGGCGAGUAAGAGAGACAACAUUGAAUACCAACAUGGACGAGGAACAGGCUUGAUUGACGACGACAUAUCUGCUAACCACAGAAGGGAGGUGAUCCACACACCUGACGUUCCUCCAAGAUCAAAGAGGAAGCAAAGUAAAAGAGCUAAAGCUUCAGGUUCAGUGGAUGAUUCAAGAAUGGAGGUCAUGGUUGAGCAGAUUCUGAUUAAACUGACCAAUCACAUAGACACAUCACUAAGCAAACAUAUGGACAAAGUUGCAGACGUAUCUGCUCAGAAAGUCCUAAAAAUGCUUAACGCGAAAGGAGUUGCGUACAGGGCAGGCAAGGCUGACAUGUCUGAUGACGAAGAUCAGGAGGUGGAAGACAAAAAAGAAGGAGCGGCCUCCACACCUAGCCAUGGCGUCCUUCCGCCUAAAGAUUUCAUGGACUUUGACGACAUCAAGUCAGACGGCACUGCAUCAUUUUUGAAUUCAGUUAAGGAUCAACAUGACGAUGAAUUGGAAGAUGCAAGUAAGAAGAGUGAGCCGAUGGAUGAUUCGAACUUCGUGACACCCACCGACAAGAAGAAGACUGCUAAUGCUGGGUACACGACACCAGCGCCUAAGCAGGGAGACACCCCUGAAGUACCCAUAAUCAUCGACGACAAGGCUACACCUGAAUCGUCCUGCUCGGCAACUAUUGAUUUAACUCUUCCAGAUGCAUUAGAAGAUUUUGAUAGCUUGAACACGAUCUGCCGGAAAGCGAUAGAAAGUGGGAAGAAGGAGGAGAAAAAAGAUGAUGUAUGUGGCAAAAAGGAGGAGAAAAAGGAAGAUGUCUCUGGGAAGCGCAAACGCAGAGCUCCUCGCAAAUUAAGUUCCCCAAGCAUUGUGAUGACCGAGAACUGUCCUAAACGGUUUCCACGCGCAGUCAGAAAAGGUCCUGAUGCUUUGUUCAACAACGAAUAUGCCACGGACGGAUCAAAUCCGCUGACACCGGAGAUAAUUGACGCGGCUGCCGAGUAUAUUCGGAUAAUAUGCAAAUCUACAAAAAAAAACCAAAGAAGUAAGACUGUGUACGAGAAUGAAGACGGGAUUGUGGCGAGGGCUGAUUUUCUUAAACCUAUCCUUGACCGUGGAUGGCUGUGCGGCACUGUCAUUGAGUGUUACUUGGCUGAGCUGAGAUUAAAAUUGAAGGAUAGGACAAUAUGCCCUGCCUGGAGGGCAAAUUCUAUAGUCGAAAAUCGACCGAGAAGGCAGCGAUGGAAAAAGAAAAACCUUGACACGACGGAUAUUGCAGAAAUGUCAAGUUGCUACGAAAGAUGCGAGCUGGAAUAUUUUGGCACUAACAAGGCCUAUUUCUCGGUUAACAUUUCCAAAUGCCACUGGGUCACCGUCGUCAUGCACAGUGACAAGAAGGAAUUUCAGGUGCUAGACUCGUUAUGGCGCCUUGAGCAGAGCAAGGAUUUUGUGGAAAAGCUGAGAGAAGAAAUCUUGAAGGACGUCGAGUUUGCGAACAAUGAGAUAUCAAGAAAGAAGUAUCCAGACAUAGUUUACCUCCGAUCUAUAUGCAGGAACUCAUGUGGACUGUUCCUGUUAGCAUGUAUGGAGCACUGGGAUGGAGAUAAACUAACGGCCGAAUUUUCGCAGGAAACGAUAAACAAGAACAGGAAUAUGACUGCCGCCAAAAUUAUAAUGGCAGAAUCAAACAUGCACGAGAAGGCGAAGAAGGAUGUCCUUGACAUCGCGGCGAAAGCACGUGCGUAA